AUGGCUUACUCUCCACUGGGAUACUCCUACUCCUCCACACCACAGUUUCUGAUGCCCCCCAGCUCUCUGACGGGAACUCCCCCGUCCCACCCGGUGCUGCGCACGCCGGGCCACCAGCUCACUCCUGGAGCUGGAAUCGGGGUCUACAGCGGCCCUUAUUCAAAGAGUCAAAGUUAUUACAAUGCCUGCGCCGGUGACGCCACCGCUCUUUAUUCCAGAGGGCCACUAGAUGCUAAAGAAAGUGCUUCUGCACACUUGGGGGCUUCUCAGACACCUGCCUAUUAUCCUUAUGAAUACACAUUUGGACAAUAUCCUUAUGAUAGAUAUGGGUAUUCCUGCUCAGACAGUUCAUCACGUCGUAAAAAUGCCACCAGAGAGACCACCAGCACACUAAAGGCCUGGCUGCAGGAGCACCAAAAGAACCCCUACCCAACCAAGGGAGAGAAGAUAAUGCUUGCAAUCAUCACUAGGAUGACCCUUACACAGGUGUCUACAUGGUUUGCCAAUGCACGCAGGAGACUGAAAAAGGAAAACAAGGUAACUUGGUCGCCGCGGGCUUGUAAAAGCUCUGAAGAUCGAGGCUGUGAAGAUGACAGUGAUGAAACUGAGAAGACGCUUAAAAGUGACACAGACCUUCCUGACCGACAGUGUGCAGAUCUACAGAGCGAUAUGGAGGAUUUUGACUUGCUAGAAUCUGAUGCUUCUGACAGCGAACCCAAGCCACGAUUUCUACCUAAGGACAAAGAAGGAAACCCAAACACAGACCUCCCACAUGGAAGUCUCUUGCACCACUCAGAUCUGCUUCAGGCAAAGGAGAGACUGUCCCCAGACUGCCCCAAACUUACACCGGUCCAACACCAAAACAACUCCUUCUAUACUGCUCCAGACCUUCGAAGCAGAGACACCAAGCCGAAAAUCUGGUCCAUAGCAAACACGGCCGUGUCUCUGGAAGGCAGCUUGCAGCCAGACUACCCAGCUUGUAUGCUGUCGUCAAGCAGUUCCUCGUCUCCCGGCUACCCAGCAAGUAUGGCCCUCACCAAGGCAGACAGGCAACAGGAAUCGCCCGUCGCCACGCUCAGAGAAUGGGUGGAUGGCGUUUUCCACGGCCCUCCGUUCCAGCAGCCUAAACCAGCUGAGGUGUGGAAAGGCUUAAACGAUGCCAUGAUGGACAGCAGGACACCUGCACAAUCCUUUGAACUGGUUCAGUCCCCGUCAUCUUUGUAGUCCACAAACACGUCAUCAGGGGGAACGUUUGAUUUCUAGACAGAAAAGAAAAGUUUUGUUUUGUGUGACAUGAUCAACUGAUCGCUCGCUGAAACACCCCACAAGGUCGUCUAGAACACAAAGUCCAACUGACUGGAGUGGAGUGAUCCAGCUCUAUUUCAUCUUUCAUGACACAAACAAAAGAAAUCCUCCAAACUCUUGGUAUACACAGUAGCUUAACUUCCAAACUAUUGUAAGAUUAGAUUCAUGUUUGCUUUGGGUGAACACAAGUUUCAUUUGUUUGGACUAUAUCUUGCUACUGGUGUGGUGGAGAGGAGGCAGAGUGAUAUAGUUGAGACUGAAGAAUGCACUCUUCUUCUACGUAAACAAUCAGGGUGUAUUCUUCAGUCUCAACCAUAUCCCUCCACCACACCAGAAGCAAGAUAUAGUCCAAACAAAUCAAACUCGUAUUCACCCAAAGCAAACAUGAAUCUCAUCUUGCAUUCUUCCCUCUCUUUAAAUGAAAUGUCCCCAUUUCACUUGUAAUGUAUAUCAUCUUCUUAUAAACUAUCAUUUAAAUUGGGGCUUUAGCGAACGGCCAGUUAGCGAUUUAUGAUCCUGUUUUGGCAAUUUGAUAUUCCCUAGCUCUCCAGCAACUUCUGGACUCUCAAACUUCAGUGAUGAUCGGACGUCUUCAAGCAAAGCAGCUGUCACCACACACACUUUCCUGCAGCGAGGUUGUACAGUUUACACACUUUCAAAAAAUAGACACUGUCGUACACUUUGCACUACGGCCUGCACAUGCACUGAGUCACAAAAAAAUCAAAAAUAAAACAUGUAUUCUGUAACAUGGUAACGUUCUCUGAGUGUGCCCUCAUAUUAGACAUCCACUCUU